AUGUCUUCUUAUAUGCUUAAAGUGUUGUUCACUGUUCUUGCACUACUCACAGUGUCGGCUAUGUUAGCUGUGAAAGUGAUUCUGGAAACAAAACGAGAUCUGCAUCCUAUUGCCCUGGCUGAACAGGCAAAUAUCACAUCAACAAGAAAGGAAAGAGAGACUGCAGUGUAUCGUAACUUCACCGUCCCGCCCGGUUUUCCACUGACCACGGGAAUGGGUCUCAGUCUGGGCUACAGGCUUCGAAACGGGAACUUCGGCGAUCUGUGGUCGAGUAUCAUGGACCUUUCUUCCGAAAACUACGUCGAGCUACAAGGUCGCAAGCAUCCGCUAGCUACCAUAAAUGGCGAAGCUAAACAACUCGUGAAAAGCUUACAACAGGAGUCGUCAGAACCCAAACGCCUGGGCAUUUGCGUCCCAGUUUUUGGACGUCCUGGAUUUGUUCUAGUCAUUGCUGGCCUGAUGGGGUCCCUCCAAGAGUUUAUUCCAUUCUUUUUGCCCAGCGUACCUCGUUCCAAACAAGACCUGCAGAUUCUGGCAAUAGAGUCGUGGGAAACUUUCCGCCAGAUGAACGGCAGCCACGAAUGGUACCAGAAAGUGAUAGUGUGCGAUUCUAAAAAAUUCGAAGCUCCUAGCUCCAUACCAGAGAACAUUGUGACCUUGGAGGAGCUAUUAGCCGACGCGGAAGAUGAUCGUACGUUUAAAUACACCCCUCCUCAAGACAAUAGCGACGACUUGAAAGUCAUGGCUAUUAACGUCUCGCCAUUUGGAACGGCCAACAGUUUCACUCAUAUGGCCUUGGUCAGCAGCGUUGCAGCUUUUAUCAAGUCGUUCCCCCUGCAUAACGAAUUGAGCUCCCACGAUCACCUCAGCAUCAUUCUAGAGGAUGACUCGGUGCUUCAAGAUGCCAUUCAGAUUCUACCCAAGCUGCUGGCUACGCUACUACAUGGGGGUUCAGCCUCCCUUACAUCUUCGCAUAGCUUCAACACGCUAGAAAAAUGCAUGAGCAGAAACACCACUCUCCUUCAAAUACCAGAGAACUGCUCGCUCCUCGACUCACAGCUCAACUUCCCCUUGACCGUGAUACAAAAAGCUCGACUUGCAUUGGCCUCAAACUUUCUGAGUGAAGGCGUCUUCACAUCGACCGCACUUAUGUCCCCAGCGUUCGAAAAGCUGAGGUGCGUUUACCUCGCAAGCAAGGUGAAGAACGUUCGUGCUGUAGCACUUAUGGACUUAACCGUAGCUAAACCAACACAAGAGUCGAAAAAGAGGGCACGCUCGACAGAAUUUUUGAAUCGUAUGCGCGCCUUAUUGGGCUGUAGGGCGGUGGUUGAGCUUUAUUGCCCGUUCGUUGUUCUAGGGCCCGUUGCAAGUACGAAUUUCUUUGACUACAGAGUUUUCCCACAGCAAGUGGAUGGCAAAUUCACUAACUGCGGACCAGUUUGCACGUCGCUGGAAGCUAAGCUUGUAGAGGACGACAAUAGUCAGGACUAUGACAUCUUAAAGCGCCAAGGCAUGCUGUGCAUAAGAGGCUUUACCAUUGGAAAACCUGUAGAAUCUGCACAUCAAAAGAAAGCGCUGGAGGUUGUUGAAAAAUUCGACGGCGGAGAAGGCUGGAUGCCCAUGCUCGGAGUCUUCUGCUUGUGGGGAAAGGAUGGCUGUCUUUAUGAGUAUAAAUAG